AUGGCUACUGCGAUCGCUGAGAAUGCCUUUGGAGAACUCCGCGACAUUUUGAAUCGUGUGCCCGACAUUGCGCUUGUGAUCUACGGCAGUUCAGCAUGGAAUGGUUUCCACACUUUUUUCUUGCCCAACGACAAAGCAUUCGCCAAGGUUAUUGAUCGGAAUAGAAUUGAUCGCGAAGUGUUGCUGGCGCAUGUGACCGGAAUGAAUAGAGUGCUAUUCACUUAUCCAUGGAUGUACGAUUUCGGGAUUCACUACUAUCCUUCGAUAAGAUUUUCUUCAAAUAUCAUUGAAGAUAACUUUAAACUGAAACUCUCUAUGCGAAAUAUUACGGAUAGGAGAACCGGGAGAUGGGAUCUGUUCGCUGUCUCGGAAGUCUACGAACGCUAUUCGCAGUUCAGACGUGGAGCCGUGUGGGCGAAAAUCCUUAUCCCUAAUAUUCCUGUUCAAAAUGGUGUUGUUCAUAUUGUUGAUAAUGUUCUCGGCAUUGUCUCAAACACUAUUGACCAGCUACUGAUGGACAAUUAUCGAUGCAGAACGUUGAUGCGAUACAUUAACACUAUUGGACAGAUAGUUAGGAAUUAUUUCUCGGCAACUGGAGGAUUAGUGACCUUUUUUGCUCCGUACGAUGAAGCUUUCGAAAGAAUUCCGGAGCAGAUUGAACGUCGUUUGCUCAGAGAUAGAGUUUGGUUGGAGCAGGUCUUGAAGCUGCACAUCGUACCGGCAAAGGAGUUGACCUCGGACGAGAUCACCAAUGAAACAAUCGUCUCUACCGUCGACAAUAUUCGGCAGCUGUAUUUCGUUAGGGGAGAAUGGCCAAAGAAUAACAUUACCUACUACGUCAUCGGAGGCGGUAUCAAAACGGCAAUUAUCCAGGACAAUGUAGCUGCCACAAAUGGUAUUGUUCACUACAUUGAACGAGUACUCGGCGUACCGUACCAAUCACUAUGGGAGAUUUUACGGAACGAAACGCGACUGCAGAGAUCGUACGAGAUGCUGAGAAAUUUGCAACUACGUUACGCUCUCGAUCCGUGGCAGGUUUUGACUCCAGAACAGAAUUUCACUUUCUUUGUUCCCACUAACGAGGCUUGGGACAUGAAGGUUGCUCCAUCGUUACGUGCACGUAUGAACGACGGAAAUCAUUGGUUAGCGCUACAGUAUGUCUUCAAACGUCAUAUAAUUCAAGGACAGGCUCUAAUGUACACGGAUCUUCGUGAAAGGACCUAUGUGAUGAUGAACGAUGAAAAAGUGGUGAUUCGAAGGAGAGGGAGAUAUUUCGAGUUGUACUGGCCGCGCGGCGGCCGCGUCGCACGUGUGAUCGAAGGCGGCGAAAUUGCCGGCAUCAACGGAUUCAUGCAUAUGGUCGAGGAUGUGUUGAUCUACGAACCGGAUCUUCGCGCCCACGGCGGCUUCGUCGAGGUGCUCAGCUGGCAGCUCGCCCUUGUGCUCACGUUCAUGUUCUGGAGACCUGGCGUAGCGUAG